UUCAUAAAGUAUCAGCAACGUAACAAGCGUAUUAAUCUUUAUGAACAUUUCAUACGCUCGACGUAUUCGAGAGUCAUCAUUUCGAGAUCGCGCUAUCAUAAGUACGGAGCUAUAUUCAGCGACGUAAAUUCAUGCGAAAAACGUCGCUCUAUUAGAGAGGGUUGGGAAGCUAUAAAAUUUGCAAUAAUACGGUGACAAAACUUCUAACGUACGUUCGAAUUUAUUCACGCUAGUGGACGCCGCGUAAGGAGGGACGACGUGUGUCGUAUUUACGCCUGACGGAACGAUGGAAUACGUGCUAAUAAAAGACAUAAGGCCUGGCCAGAAAAAUAUUAAUGUAGUGUUUAUCAUAUUGGAGGUUGGUCAUCCUACUAUCACCAAAGAAAACCGCGAAGUUCGAACGUUCAAAGUUGCGGACAGUACAGCUUGUAUGAAUGUCUCCAUUUGGGAUGAACCUGGACAGCUAUUAGUUCCUGGCGACAUCGUUAGAUUAACCAAAGGAUAUGCCUCUAUCUGGAGACAAUGUUUGACAUUGUAUUCUGGAAAAAACGGAGAUAUUCAAAAGAUUGGAGAAUUUUGUAUGGUCAUAAAUGAGCAAUUGAAUAUGAGCGAGCCAAAUCCUGCCUUGGCUCAACAAUUGAUUAAUCAAAGUGGGUCAGGACCACCUGGUAAUAAUGUUAACAGUACCAUAACAAAUAAUGGGAAUGCUAGUAUCAUCACUGGUCAACCUGGACGUCAGCCUUUGGCUGUACAAAGUAAUGCAGCAGUACCUACAACUGGUACAACCGGAAGUUCAGCAACUACAAAGAGUGGAAGUAUUGGUAAUGGGGGUGGUGGAAAUAAUGGAGGCAAUAAUAGUGGAGGAUCAGGUUUACCUGGUGGAUCUGCAAGAUAUUCUAACAAUGAAUCUUCACCAAAAACUACAGCUACCACCAAAAGUAAUUCACGAGGCCGUGGUGGCUAUAGGAAUGGUAGUCGUAUCGAUCGCAGAUAACAUAUGUGUAAGAUACGAUUAAAUAUGACGUGUUCUUAUGAAGCACACAAAGACACAAUACCCAACACAAUUGUAAUAUAAAGUUUUUUCUAAGAUUUCUGUAUAUCUGUGUAUAUCAGUUCUUAUGAGACAAUGUAACAAUUAUAUACAUUAAAAUAAUGUAUAUAAUUGUACGCAUUUAAAAGCAGUUAUGCCAAAAUUACAGUAACAUUAAUACAACCCAAGUGAGAUCAAUAAUGUAUUUACAAUUAUAAAGGUAAAAUUACAUUUCAGAAUGAAGACAA